CAAUUAGAUGAAUGUUCCAAAAGAGCUAAUAAUGGGAAAUUUACUCUGCGGGAUCUCCUUGUGGUUCCAAUGCAACGAGUUCUGAAAUAUCAUCUGCUACUUCAGGAGCUGGUAAAGCACACUAAUGACAUAAUUGAGAAGGCAAAUCUAAAGUUGGCCCUUGACGCAAUGAAGGACUUGGCACAAUAUGUAAAUGAAGUGAAGCGAGAUAAUGAAACCCUCCGUGAAAUUAAGCAAUUUCAAUCAUCAAUAGAAAAUUUG